CUUUGCACUAGAGAGAGAGAGAGAGAGAGAGAGAGAGAGAGAGAGAGAGAGCUGUUCAGGUGCUGAAUGGAGGUGGUGGGGAGGGCGCAGUCGCUGCUGGCCGCCAAAUGAACAAGAGGAGAUGUGUUGUUGUGGCUGAUGGCUGUCUCUCUUCUUCUUCCUCUGCUUCUUCUGCUUCCUCCAACAACAACCGAGACGCAGGUGUAGCCGCUUCACCCUCCCUCCAGCCCGCCGCCACCUUUACCAAUUUGUCCAUGCGCCGCGCCUCUCCUUUUCAAAUCACCAGAGAAGGAGGAGGAGGAUUUUUACGCGCCGGGGGUGGGAAGAAAAAACAUCAUGUCAAAUGAAAUGUGGCGCGUGUCUUUUGUGCGCCGUGCGUUGCCGCCGUGGUGAAUGCGAUGCCGGGUCUGCAGCCAGCGCCGAAGACUUGAACCGGGCCGGCGGAGGCGCUUUGCAACUACAGCACUUGCUCCAAUAAACAGAAGACUUUAUUUAUAACCAUGGCUGACCAGUACAGUAUGUUUCUCACCACGGCGGCCCCCCUCCGCCGUGGAAGCACACCCCUGCCUGUCAAACACCAGCUGCGGAGGGAAGAGGCUGUAUCCGAGGACUGCGAUUGGAUUCCGGGUUCGGAGGAGCCUGCCACGUUGCCUAUCAGUGACACAGCAGUGCCUCGGGAUGAGUCAUUCAGCCAAUCAGCAGCCGCCCAGCCGGCUUACCACAGCCAUGGCGGGGCACUGAGGAUAGUGCUACUGGGACAGAAUGGCGUGGGCAAGUCGUCGCUAGCCUUAUCUCUGGCCGGGCAGUCGGACAGAUCCCUCUCUAUAGACUCUGAGACACAAGCAUGUGGUGAGGGCUACGAGUGCAAUGUGACGAUCGACGACGAGGACAGCAAGCUCAUCAUCUUCGACAACUGGAAACAGGACCUGUCCACUCUGCAGUGUGAUGUGUGCAUCCUGGUCUUCUCAGUGACUGACAGGCGAAGUUUCCACCGCACCGCCCAGCUCCGCCUCCUCCUCAGGGAGUCUCAGGCACACACACCAAUCAUCCUGGUCGGCAACAAGAGCGACCUUGUCCGUUCCCGUGAAAUCAGCUCCGAGGAGGCCCAGUCCAGCGCCAUGAUGUUCGACUGCGUCUACAUGGAGCUGUCCGCCUCCCUGGACCACGGGACCAACGAGCUGCUGGAGGCCGCGGUCCGGGCCGCGAGGGGCGACUGCGUGGGCCCCGGCUGGACCGACGGGGACCCCGGUUCGGGCCGCAGGGAGAGCCUGACCAGCCGGGCCAAGCGCUUCCUGGCGGGGCUGGUGCCGCGCUCGUACGGGCGAGACCGGGACCGGGACCGGGGCCGCUACAGGGAGAUGAGCCGCCACCGGGGCAGCAAGAUCCUCCGCCAGAAGUCCCGCUCCUGUCACGACCUCAGCGCACUGUGACACACACACGCAGGCAGAGACACACACUCCCACACAUGUACACACACAACAGAUUGAAGGGGGAGGUGGAAGAGACGGAGGAGCUGAGGAGGAGGAGCGGCUGAUUAGAGAAGAGGAGGAGACUCACAGGAGUGAAGUGGAAGGGGA